CGUAAUUGGUCUUUCUUUCUACCUUAUCUCUCUUCCAACAUGGUACUUUCUUCACUAUCCUUUUUUUUCUUUUUUCCUCUCGGUUGGACUCUCUUGCUUGCACUGAUCUCUCUUAUUCUGGUGGUGUCUUUCUCAAUAUCUGUUUUCGUACUUGGUUGGUCUUUUUUCCUUUCUCUCAUCUGCCUCUUAUUGUAAUGAUGUUUUCAUCAAUAUUUCUUUCACAGGUCGUUGAACUCUCUAUUCCUCUUAUCUGUCUCUACUGUGGUUGGUGAUUUCUUCAAGAUCGUUUUCCUGCAUUGUUGGUCUUUGCCCUUUGUUUUUUCCCACUUGAUAUGGUGUCUCCCUAUUAUCAUUCUCUCUCAUGGUCUUAGGCUACUACUCCUGUUCCUUUGGUUAUCUCCAUUCUCUUUGACAAAACGUCAACAAAUUAUACUAUAUGUAAAAUGCUUUUGGUUAUCUCUUUAGUGCUGGUUUUUAUGAUUGUUACAUCAAUAUUGGAACCUGAUGUAGCCAAGGU